AUGCAUCAGAGGGGAGGUACUUGGGAUAUCUUGAGAUUGUCUUUAAUUCACCCACACCAAGGCAAGAUAUUGUCUAUCAUUGCCCAUCUUCCACCCACACCAAGGCAAGAUAUUGUCUAUCAUUGCCCAUCUUCCACCCACACUAAGGCAAGAUAUUGUCUAUCAUUGCCCAUCUUCCACCCACUCCAAGGCAAGAUAUUGUCUAUCAUUGCCCAUCUUCCACCCACACCAAGGCAAGAUAUUGUCUAUCAUUGCCCAUCUUCCACCCACACCAAGGCAAGAUAUUUUCUAUCAUUGCCCAUCUUCCACCCACACCAAGGCAAGAUAUUGUCUAUCAUUGCCCAUCUUCCACCCACACCAAGGCGAGAUAUUGUCUAUCAUUGCCCAUCUUCCACCCACACCAAGGCAAGAUAUUUUCUAUCAUUGCCCAUCUUCCACCCACACCAAGGCAAGAUAUUGUCUAUCAUUGCCCAUCUUCCACCCACACCAAGGCAAGAUAUUGUCUAUCAUUGCCCAUCUUCCACCCACACCAAGGCAAGAUAUUUUCUAUCAUUGCCCAUCUUCCACCCACACCAAGGCAAGAUAUUGUCUAUCAUUGCCCAUCUUCCACCCACUCCAAGGCAAGAUAUUGUCUAUCAUUGCCCAUCUUCCACCCACACCAAGGCAAGAUAUUGUCUAUCAUUGCCUAUCAUUGCCUAUCUUCCACCCACACCAAGGCAAGAUAUUGUCUAUCAUUGCCCAUCUUCCACCCACACCAAGGCAAGAUAUUGUCUAUCAUUGCCCAUCUUCCACCCACACCAAGACAAGAUAUUGUCUAUCAUUGCCCAUCUUCCACCCACACCAAGACAAGAUAUUGUCUAUCAUUGCCCAUCUUCCACCCACACCAAGCUGAUCGGAUGUGCGAUUAUAGGGGGCGCUGUUUACUUGCUGACCGCUGAACCCGGAACACUACCUUAUGCAGAACUCGAGCUCGUAGCUGGUGCUAAUGUCGUAUGCUACAUAUGUAUUGCACUCGGGGCAUUUCUUUUCCUUCUUGGUUUCCUUGGAUGUUGUGGGGCCCUCAAGGAGAGCCCGGGCAUCUUGAAAACGUACAAUGGAAUAAUAUCAUCGUUGUUUAUGGCAGAAAUCGGUGCUGGUGUUUUCAUCUACUUUAUGGAAGAGCAGUUUAUCACUUACGUACACAUGGCAUGGAACUUUCUCGACCAAAUCACCAUAAACCUUGUACAAAGUCAGCUCCAUUGCUGUGGAUUUCUCAACUACACUGAAUAUGUUGUUAAUGAACAACUGAACAUAUCGUUAUCGUGUUACAGUAACGUUACAGUAUCCACCACUCUAUAUGACAUUGGUUGCUACGAUAAGUUCGUGGACAUGAUACUGGACAAUGUGACUACAUCGGCAAUCAUCGGAGGCAGUCUGGUUCUUUUUGAGAUUGUUGGGAUCUUGUUUACUUGUUAUUUGAUGAAGGCGAUUGAAAAAGAAAACAAUACGGAACCAAAGCCGAAUAGAAGAAGAAGACGAUCAACAG